CGGUUCCGUCUGUGAGCCGAGACAGGCCGCCCCACUGCAUCACACCGACGCAACGAACGUGCCUUUUUCGGCGGCGCCAUUAGGAAAGACAGUCUGCAAACGGCUUACGGGGCACACCGAUCUCUAAGAAAAAAAAACUUUAUUACAGCACUCUAUGCAUUUCUUGCAAACAAUACAAAUGCAACAUAACUCACACUUAAAAAACUAGACAUUUCUAUGGCUGUUUUCCUUGCAGCGGGGCGUGCUCAUCACGGCGGAGGUAAAACUAGAAAGGCAGAGAGAAAGCAGGUAUACUCUACUCGGGAGGGAAAAGAGAGAGCGGGGAUCAAUCCCUGGUUUUAAAGUGGGAAAAAAUGGUGAACCUUGUGUAAAAGGGUAGAGGUCGUGGGGAUAGUCCCAAGCUGGGUGUUGCGGAUAGAGGCAAUACUAACAUAAUCAAAUCAGCAUUAAGAAGGACAGUCUCUUUCUUCCAGAAUAUUUUACGAUGGUCUGUUCUUGCGCAUCCCGGACUGUUACACAUCCAUUCCACAAGGGGGCGCAAAUCUCUUCCCGUGGAUUUCAUUCAUUCUCACCGCUGUAGUGAAACCUCGAGCCGCAAAUUCCACACACCCUAUGCAACAGCUAAGCAGAUGUCAACAUCAGCACGUUGUUAUCUCCUCGUAUUGUUGGUUUUUCUUUUUGGCCAUGGACUGCUCGGCGUACUAUCAUGAAGUAUGUAAAGAAAAUAAAAACGCCAUCUGAGUGACAUAGAUUUUUUUUUUUAUUUUGAGAUUAUUGUCUUGUUCAGCGGUUUAUUGUUAAAAGUGAGCCGGGAGAAUGGAAAAAGAGAAGACAUCGUCCAAACGGUACGGUUCUUUGGAGUGUACAACGUGGAAAGACGACGCAGCGAAAGCCGUGGAAGAGGACAUAGUGUCAAUGGCUGAUUCCACGAUCACGAUAGAUGACAUAGAAGGGGAGCUUUUCAAAAUCGAGAGGAUCCGCGAGGUCCUGGUGCGAAGAGAGUCUGAGCUCAGAUACAUGAUGGAUGAUAUUCAGCUGUGUAAGGAAAUAACACGACUUAAGAAGGAACUGCAGAAAAUAGUUUCAAUACCAGAUAAAGACAAGUCAAAGGAGGACAAACAGAAAGAAGAGGAGCUUCUCCAGCAAAUCCAUAAACUGGUGGAAACCAGAGACUUUCUCGUGGAUGACGUUGAGUUUGAAAGAUUAAGAGAAAGAGAGGAAGACAAAGAAAUGGCAGACUUCUUGCAGUCUAAAUUUCCUAAAAGUGGAUUGAAGAAAACUAAUCCCGAAUCGGGUAAGAAGAUGACUUCCAGGGCCCAGCAAACCUCGACACCGUUCGUGGCCAAGACGGGGCUGACCCUGCUGAAGGAGUGCUGUGGCUUCACCUGCUCCAUCAUGUAGAGGGGGGCGGCGUGGGUGUCAGUGGAGAAAACAAGCUUUCAGGAAGUUCACCGGCGUCGUGGCGGUCCUGAGACGGGAGGCACACUGACAUGCAUGUCCAGAGAGCAUUAAGAUAUGGAAGGGGUAUAGAGUGUGCAUUUUACAGUACGUGUCCAAGUGUGUACGUGUUUUUAUCUGUUUCAUACCUUUGAAACGUGAUGUUUGUACUCCUAAUGCACCUUCUUCUGAGAAGCAACCGACUGUGGCAGCCCCACUGACAAAUUUUACCACUCAUGGGAUGCUACUCAGACGGCCACCACUUCUAUGUCUGUGCUGAAUCAUAUUUUUCCUUCCCGAUGUGAUCAUUCGUCAUUACAAAGCUUUUUUUCUUUCAUCCGUCAGCAGUGCAGUUUUAAUGCUGAUAAAGAGAACCCCAUGCAUCAACUGUUUUUGCAGAUUUUAUUGAAAAACAAAACGAAUAGCCUUCAGAAUCUGCCCCUGGUCAGAUAGUCAUAAUAUGCAGUAUCUGUUUUUUUUUCUGUGAAUCAGGGUGUUGGAAUCAUUUCUCUUCAGAAGUUGAACUGAGCAAAGAAAUUGUCUAGCUCUUCAAACGUCAUCUAAAAAUAGCUUAAUGAAACAAAAAAGGGGAAAAGGGCAAAGAAAUUAAAAAGGGAGAAGUUACAUUGAUGUUAUUCCCUGACAGCCUUUCUCAAUGAAUGGAAAUGCUUUUGCAGAGCAGAACAGGUCUCUUGUAAUGACUGAAUGCAUUAUUCUCAUGAAACAAGUGUUUUGUUGAAAGUUUAAGAGAGCUUGUCUGGGGAGGGCUGUGGGGCUGACAAUUUAUUGGUUGCCGAAUUGCCAGUCUUAUCUGUUUUGGCAGGAAAUCAGUGAUACAAAAUGACUGUAUGCCUGUACAUUAAAAAUGUCUAGACAAGAGAGAUCCCUUACUCCUGGAACUUUAAGUAGACGCUAAGACAAAAUCCCUAUGUGUGUUUUUGAAGCACAUAAAAAAUAACCAGUGACCCUGAAUUCCAUUCUUACUCAAUACUCAGUUUUUUAGUGGAAUUUUAGUGAAAAUGUUGUCUUACUCGUAGCACUUGUAGUCCCACAAGGCCUGUCGUCCUUCACAAAGUGCUGCUCCACUGUUCUGUUGUUGGUGCUGUUUCCCUGUAGUGUACUGUGCCAGCUCACUUGCUCUCUUGAUGUUGAGCUUUGGAAAGUUUCAGUGGUUUGAAUGUCAGCAGUCGUGCUGGAAGACAGACUAUUUGCAUUGUGUAUAAAUGUGAUGGGGGAGAAAAGGCAGGUUUUAAAAGGUAUCCUUUCUCUUUAAGCCUUGGCAUUUCUUGAAAGAGCUCAUUGAAUUUUAAAGGGGAAUCCUGAAGGAUAACAUGAAUUACUUUAUUUUUUUAAUAAUAUUAACCAGUAUAUUUUU